AACCCUUCCUAAACUCUUUGCAGAUCCCAGGAGGCUUCCCAGAGGAGCCUCCAUGACGGCCCUCCCUCUUUGCCCGUGCAGGACCUCGAGAGAAAAUGCGCUGCCCCGGCCUCAUCUCCUUCUGGUGUGGCUUUCUGUGGAUUUGGCUGCCCCUGUUCCACUGCCGGCCUGUGAAGAUUGACAAAGUCAUUGCUGACACCAAAAGCCUCACCAGAACCAUCAUUGCCAGGAUCCAGGAGCAGCAGUUCCCUCCACUGAGCCUGAAGAUCAACGGGCUGGACUUCAUUCCUGGGGAGCUGCCUGUGGAGAGCCUGGAGGGCAUGGAGGAGACGCUGGAGAUCUUCCGCCAGGUCCUCUCCAGCCUGCCUUUAGAGGCACCGGUAGCGCAGAUUGCCAAUGAUGUGGAGAACCUCCGGAGCCUCAUGCGGUUGCUGGGCUCCCACCUCGGUUGCCCUCUCCAGAGACCUGCCAGGGUGGAUGUCCUGGGGAACCUGACAGAGCUGCUCGCCAUCUCCCCCUACACCACAGCGGUGGUGACUUUGGACCGACUCCAGAAGUGCCUCCAGAGCAUUGUCAAGUAUUUGGAUCACGUCCAGAGCUGCUAGGGGAGGCCCCAAAGCCCACAGGUUCAAGUCUCCUCCAUUGUUUCAGGUUGUCCGGUCAGGUCAAGGUGUGACCUGCUGUGUGAGAGGCAGAAGCCGCCUGUGGCCCCCGCCUGCCGCCUGGCAUUGCCCAAUGGCGUCUGGGACAGACCCGCCAGGCUCUUUGGCACUUCUGCUCUAUCCCAGGGCGUUCUACUCCGUCUGGGGAGCAUGAUGACUUGGGGGGGGGGUUGACCCCAAGGGGUCUGGCCCUGGUUUGAUGGGCCAUGUGUUGGGCGAGGCCGGGCUGUUGUGAGAGGCGUCGUCGACACUCCGGUUUGCAGCUGUGUGCUCCGUCCUUUGUGGGCUGCGGUUUCUUCCAAGCCAAGUGCUUCUGCACAGGCUGCCUUGAAAGGGUGAGCAGCAGCUGGGUCCUGUCCUGCUCUCUGGUGCCGUUCAGACCAUGCCUACAGGACGGGAGGCAGGUGGGGGUGGGGGGUGGCGGCGCUGGGAACCCAGAGGCAGGCAACUUCCAGCAGAACCUGACGGCAGAUAAGGAGAUGCCGGGUGCCAGCUGCCGUUGGUGGCCUGGAGCAGCAGGACUGCCUGGGAAGCCUUCA